AUGAUGGACAGCGACUGGUACUCGUCGUUUGUGCCCUCCGCCCCGGCCUCGUCUGAGAAGACGCCGGGCCAUCGGCGGCGAGCUUCCCUCUUGCAACAGCCCCAUGAAGCGACCCAGGCUGAUGAUCCUUCAGACCAACUGCCCAUUCUCUCCGAAGAAGACGACAAUCCCUUGAUCAAGGGUCCCCCACAAGCGACACUUGUCAAAAGAGCUCUCUCGUAUACCCACCUCCGCCCUGCUGAUCGACUCUCGCAUACUACCCCUCCCUCUACGCCGACGCGCAAGAACAGCCUGUCUUCAGCCCCCAAGCCCAAUCAUGUCUUGCGGUCCAACCUCGACUUCGCGACUUGGUACGAUGCUCUCGAGGACGACCUCCUGGAUGCCAGCCACAGUGACUACGAGCUAUACUACCAUCAGCUGAACAUGUCACAACAUCACCUCGACUCGCUAGCUCAGAGUACCAAUGACGCGCUGGCCAUCUUAUCCUCUCUAUCCGACUCCUUCAAGGCUGUGGACGAGCAAACGACUGCCUUCCACGCUCAAUGCGAGUCCCUCAUAACUGAGCAACGUCGCAUUACUGACCUGGCCGACAACAUGAAUCACAACCUCCAAUACUACGCCUAUCUCGAGCCCAUGACCCGCAGGCUUAAUGCUCCUGGUGCUGCCAACCUCGUCCGUGCAGAUGAAUUUCCCGACAUGCUCAAGAACCUUGACCAAUGCCUGGACUACACGCAAGCUCAUCCUACCCACCGCGAAGCCCCUACUUACCGUUCACGCUACCGUCUCUUGCUGACCCGAGCCCUGACACUUAUCCGAGUACAUUUCACAAAUUCUCUACGAGCACUGGCCGCAGAUGCAUCACAACGAAUUGCUGACCGCCAGCUCAACGAUACUACCCAAACUGCUCUACUCUACGCAAAGUUUCGUGUCAGUGCUCCUGAACUAAAACAACUCGGCCUAGAGAUACAAAAGCGUGCUGUGCUGCCUUCAGGUGCCGACCAAGGAGGUGAGGCUGAGUAUCAAAGUCUGAUGAACGAGUUAUAUCAGAGUUACUCAGCCACCCGGGGCCGCCUAAUGUUCCCUAUCAUAUCUCGCAAGCUCACCGAGAUGGCUGCAGUCGAUAAUGCGGUUGGCGAUACAGUCAACUUCGCCAAAACCGCCAUCGGCUUCGUAAGAGGUAUAUGUCUUGAUGAGUACGAUCUCUGGGGUGACUGGUUUUCUGGAGAUGGAGGCGUAUACGAGUUCUUGGAGGCCAUGUGUGAGCCUUUAUACGAUCAUCUCCGCCCCAGAAUCAUUCGCGAGACUCGCAUCCCAAAGUUGUGCGAACUCUGUACUUUCAUCCAAACUCGUUACAUGGUCGAUGAAGAAGAUGACGACAUGGAGUACCAAGAUGUAGCUAGUACAAAGAGAAGCCUGGAUUUCGCUGCUUUGGUCAAGCCUGCGCUGGAAGACGCUCAAAGCCGACUCGUCUUCCUCGCAUUGACUGUUCUCAGGGACGACAUUGAGAACUACAGACCGAAGCCUGAAGAUCUUGAUUACCCAUCAAAAGCACGGGGCCCUUCAACAAUGACUGCUGAUGGUAAAAGAGUGGCUCUGUCUGGCCGCAAAAACUCGACCAAUACUACCCAGGUCAAAUCACCUGGUGAAGAAGACGAUGGAGUUGACAUGUUCGAAACAUCUUGGCCCAACAAUGAGAAACAGGCCAUGGUUUGGUAUCCUACACUGCGUAAGGCAAUUUGGCUUUUGAGCCGUAUCUACCGAUUGGUCAACUCCACCGUAUUCGACGAUUUGGCGCACAACAUCGUUCACAGCACUACUGUGUCUCUAGCAUGGGCCGCAUCUCAGAUAUCAACAAAGUCAUCGCCUGCCGAUGCCAACCUGUUCCUGAUAGCUCAUUUGUUGCGACUCAAGCAACAGAUUGUAGCGUUCGACAUUGAGUUUAUUACCCCCGAAGUCACGUUUGACUUCUCGUCUGUUACCAACACAUUUUAUGAGCUUCGCGAGCGAGGAGGGCUGUGGAAUCCAGCUAGUUGGGUAAAGCUCGCUGCCGGAGGGUUGAUGCCACGAGUAGUGGAAAACAUGCUCGACGCCAAAGCAGAACUUGACGGACGACUACGAGCAGUGAUAAACGAUUUUGUUAACAGCUUUGUGAGCCCGAUCACAACAUCACUAACAUCCCCUAAGAAGGAUGCAGGAUCAGAAGCGAGUCAUGUCACAGCUGAAAUUCGAACCAUCGCGCAAAAGGAGGUAGUAUCGCUGCGACAGAAACUGGAUGAGUAUAUCCAGGAUAUAAGGACGAGAGAAACACUUGUGGCCGCAGUGAGGGACCAAGUUAUCCUAGCUUACGAGGAUUGGAUGGACAAGUUGAGUGAAGGCAAAGGCACAUCCAAAAUCGGCAAGGUCAGCAAGAAAGGAAAGGGUCGAGAAGAUGAGGUUUGGUCCACCGAGGUAUUUGCCGAGUGGUGCGAGCGAGUGUUCGCAGUGGGGGUCACGAGUGACGAAGACUCGACGGAAACGUGA